CAGGAAGAAGAAACAAUCGGCACGCAGCAAUCGAUCGAUCCAUUGCUGCAAUUUUUGCCCAAGAAAAAAUGGGAAGCUCGAUGGCUGCUGGCAGCCCGCGACGCCAUAGAUUGCAUCAGUCGGAAAUUGAAGUUGCUCUGAUAGUGGGAUAGAAGAAAGCCUUCAGGAAUCUCGUUUCUCGUGAAAGUUCCGGAAGGUCGUUGCAGCAUGAGUUUAGAAAAGCACUCUUGCAGGAAAUUGAUGAUUACGUCCGAGUUUUGAAGUCUUUCUCUCUCGGUCUGAGGCACCCGAUCGUAUGAAUAUCUUCUGAGAUCACAGGGUUUUGAAUGCUAGAGCUUUGUCGAGGAAUCAAGUAUUGGAGGUGACAUCCGGUGGAGGCUUUCUGAUAGGGUGACGAACGUCGGGAGCCGGUGACCUGCAAGACGAGAGCACCCUGAUACACACGGUAAGAUCCAACGAACUGGAAGAUGAGGAAAUGGAGAACAAACUUCGAGGAAGAGAAGGGAGGAAUUUUUAGCCUAUCUAAGGUGCCAAUCAGGAUUGCUGUUUGUAAGUGCUCGUGGAUGGUCUGGUGUACAGUACUUUAUGGAGGAAUGCUCUUUUGGGCUUUGUUUCUCGUCUUUCAGAUCACUCCUCCCUGGAUGUCUAGCUUUAAGCCCCUAUCGAGAGGUGCAAGUGAGUGGACUCUGCUACACAAUUCUGUUAUUCUAGGAACAGAAGUUGGGCUGCUGGCAAUGGUUGCAUUGAUCACGUUCUUAGUGCCAGCACUGAUAAUGACUUGGAUUACAGCCCUGGUCUUCGAGUACAUGUUUGGGAGAGGACUUUUUGGCCGUCCCCAACGGCUGAUCGAGGAUGGAAGUAUGAUCGCACGAGAUAUUUCCUGGAUGGCUUUCAAAAGUGUGGUGAAGGAGGGCAAUGUUGUUGCUGUUAUAGUUGUGAUUAUAUGCAUGCUGACUUGUGGAAGCAUGAGGGGAUAUGGAGAUUCAGAGGUAAUAAAGGCUACUUUCUGAUAUCCGAGAACAAUAAUCAUGGCUGUUUGGUACUUCGGACCGAUAUCGAGAAGUUUGUAGCGCUCAUCUAUAGUCUCUUUGAUUUCUUCUUUUCUUCACAUUUUUCCCCCACAAAGCUUUCACGAAAUGACUUCACGUCACCCGCGAUCAUGCUAUUUGAUGCUGCUCCUGUAGAUGCCGUGUCAUUGUAGACUAAGAAUUAUGUGAUGACGCUUUAAAGUGAGGUAGUCAAACCUCGAAAAUUAUCAAACGCAUUUUUCUUACAUCGUUCAAACUUUUCCUCACUGUGUCACCCACAUAAUAUUUUUCCUGUUCUCCAGCCAGUGUGAAUCUAGUUUUGUCAGAUGAUACAAGAGCUGUAGUAGACAAUGUAGAGUUGUGUCUAAGAAGAGGUCCAAAGUAGGAACUCUGUAGAGUGGUCAGUAGUGCGAUUUUUAUCGCUAACAGAUGCGGCACAUGUGCAUACAAUUGGUGUGUUCGGAAGGCACCUAGGUUCUUUCUAUUUGUAAAUUUGUAAUUCGUCUUCUAUUUUUUUUUUAUCAAGAAGGCUAAAAGGCAGACAGUGGUGCUUUGGAGCUUUGGGCGAGGUUUCAAUACAUCACUGCAAGAGUGAAAGUCAUU